GUCGAUUUUAAACACAGCUUGUUGUUUUAGAUUUGUCUCCGCCCGGUAUCCUUCCAAAUCGGGUAUUAAUUAAUCUAGACAGAUGGUCGAUUUCAAUUAGCAUACGGCGAAUUCUUAUCUAGCUAUUCUCUGGUUGUGCUCCUUCUAUCUUACAACAUAUAUGUUCUUAAGAACAGGACUCUUUUCACUCAGCUUACUGGGAUUAUCCAGAAGCCAAAAUGUUCCACCAACUGACGCAGAAUCCGCUGCUUUAAUUCAAGAUCCUAUUGAAGAGUGUACGUCCUAUAAUGUACCAAUGGUGGAUGAAAUAAAGCCAAACUUUCCACCUAUUUGGGAACCUGCUGUUAUUGUCGAAGGUGACACUGCAGCUCAGAACAAGUUCAACGAGAUCAAACAGGUACUCCCAUCUAACAUCAAACCAAAGGGCACUCAUGAUGGUGACUUCUCAAAGACGCUACCAUCAUAUGAUGUGUCUGACCCAGAUUGUUGGUACACCUUCAAUAAGUGCACAAAACCAAAGGUUGAGGGUCUCUCAGAUGAUAUUACUAAUCUUCCAGAACCAGAAACAUGGGGUCUAGGUUUCGACGACGGUCCAAACUGUUCACACAACAAGUUCUACGAUUUCCUUUCUGAGAAUGAAUUAAAGGCCAAUAUGUAUUACAUAGGCUCAAACGUUCUAAAUUGGCCAUAUCAGGCUCAACGUGGUCGUAGUGAUGGUCAUCAACUCUGCGUACAUAGUUGGUCUCAUCAUCACAUGACUUCAUUUGAUGAUGAGGGCGCCUUCGCUGAGCUUUAUUACACAAUCCAAGCAAUUAAGGCAGUAACUGGUGUAACACCUACUUGCUGGAGACCUCCAUUCGGUGAUGUCGACGAUCGUAUUCGUCUCAUCGCAGAGAGCCUCGGCUUAGAAACCACACUAUGGGAAUAUGACACGAAGGAUUGGCAGACCAAUUUUUCACAGUUGGAUAUUGAUACAGUACGUCAAAACUACGAAGAUGUCUUCGAUGCAGCAAAGAACGGUACCUUUAAUGACCACGGAACAAUUGUUCUCACUCAUGAAAUUACUGGUAACACAAUGGACCUGUUCAUGGAAAUGUAUCCGAAAAUCAAGGAAAACUUCAAAUACGUUGUUCCAUUCUAUGCCGCUACGAACACCACAAACCUCUACGUUGAAACGGACGAAGGAGUGGAACAGGGAGAGACCUUCGAGGACUAUGUUAAUCAUGUUUAUGGCUCUACUGUUAGUGCUCCAACCAGUACUAAUACAAAUUACCACCCUGAACCAACAAAAACAGGAUGGGGUGGCCCACUAGCUACAGUGGCUAACCCAACUGUUGUAUCAAUUGAGUCUGCAUCAGAAUCUGGCUCAGACGAAGACGAUAAUGUUGUGAAUGGACAAAAUGAUUCAGAUAUAAAUCGCGUGUCCAUAGAACAUAAAGACUCUCCAAAUGGUAAAGGUGAUUCAAGCGAUAAUUCAAAAGCUACACAUACGAGCGUCACUUCUCUCACUGCAAUUGUUGCAUUAUUUGUCAUAUCUACUAGCUUCACGUUUUAGAUCAAACAUGUAUUAGACUAAUAAAUCAAUAUCAUAAUUCUGUCCAUGACAGAACUUCAUGGUAAUUGUGCAUAUAUUGUCCUUUUAGCAUGUCAACUGUACAAAAUUGAGGCCAAUAUACAUCACGACCCCUGAAAUGCCCUUAUUUUAGGAGCUUCCAUUUUGGGAAUUUCUGGACGGAAAGGACCACAUUUGC